AUGGGCACAAGAGCCGGAGCACGAUGGUCCAGGGAAGAAGUGUUUCAGCUUCUGUGCACGCUUAACGACAACAUCGAGCAUAUCGCCCCUCAGACAGUCCCGACAGACGACAACCAAAUGGAGAUAUUGAUGAAGCGAGUAAUCUCGGAAGCCUCAAUGCUUUUGAGCAGGACUCUGCCAUUUGACAUCACUCCGUCGCGAGUUGAGAACAAGUUAAGUUCUCUGUGGGCAAAUUUCGGCCCUCCGACUGGUUCCAAGCCACCUUAUGCACUCUACCAAUAUGGGGCUUUCACGAAGACUCUACCAGGCUUAGAAGAUCCUAAAAACGGAUUUCCAGGUAUGCUUAAUGAAAUGGCUGAAUAUCUGAAAACCCAGAAACCGCCUUCUAAGUCACUCCAGAUUCCAAUUUCACAAGUCCAAAGAAAAUCUGAGAGAGUCGGUGUUCGAGACGAUCAUACUGAUCCGAUUGUCUGCAGGUGUGGGUUCAGUCACCAUAUCGCUUGCAUCCACUGCGACUGCUGCUUCACCUGGCAGCAUACCUUGUGCUAUUACGAUACUGGAGUUGACGAUGAGCUUCCAGAGAAGCACAUGUGCGAUGAAUGCCUCGGGGUCAGCACGAUCCAAGACGACGGUAAGGAGUCUUACCUCGCAUGGAAUCUCACAAAGGCAGUCCGAGCGUUGAGAUUAGAAUCGCCCAAGAUUGAUAGCGGGAAUCACUCGGAAGAGAAAACAGUCCUUGCAGAGUCUGAGCCUGGAAGUUAUAUUCUUGGCCCAUUUGCCUGUCCUCGAGACGACGACUAUUUCUGGGGUCCCAUAAAUAAUGACAUUAGAGCUACGAUGGAUGAUGCGACAUCAAUGACUAUCGAGAUCGCAUACUCCAUGCUCGAUACGGGCCUCAGUAUUCGGAGAGUCAAUAAAACGUUAGGCUCAGAUGGCGGCGCGGCCCUUGGCAACAUUCUUGAAGCUGAUCGUCGAAGAUUAUGCCAGAACAAGCUUCGUACACUGAUGUCGCAACCAACUCCCAAGGUAGGAAAGAUUGUCAGAAUAUUGGCUGGAUUAAUUUCAGAAAUGGUUGUGAAUCUGACCUUUUACACAUCUCGGAGCCGAGCUCCAAGUGUAGACGAGAUUUUUCAUAAGCUCUUGUUGAAGAAGAUCAUGGAACAAAACGGUUUACAGACUUUGCGUGACCUGAGAAGAAAUGGAUUGUAUUCUCUAAUAGAGAAAACAAAUAAUCCCUUCCUGUGUUGUAUCACAGAGCAAGCAACCUGUAUGGCUGAGCAGGUCCUGAAAGUGCUCGAUAGCAUGAUGCCCACAACAAGUCACGAACGACGCAGUGAAAGUGAGGCAAGGCAAACAGCGCUCAAACAGCUUUUCAUCCUGAUGCUCCGACUGAGAACUCAUUUGGCCCUGUCCGAACGCUUGUACGAGUUGCGCCUUACACCUAUCGAUACGUCACUUGAAGGAGAGUCAAUGGUCGACGAAAUGGGUAACACAAUCCAGCCUGAAAGCACAGUGGAAACUUGCUUGAUGCCAGCUGUCAUUGAAUAUGAACUGAAGAAUGUAAAUGUCCCCCUUGAGGAUUUUCUGUUACUGUCCACAGGAGAAAUCUUCUUGAAGGAGAGCCCAGAAAGCAAGCCAAAAGGACAAGUUGUGUCACCCGCGAUCGUCCUGGUAGCUUCAUAG